AUGUCUUCCUUCCUUGCCCGACGCGCCGCCGCCGCCCCGGCUGCCUUCCGCGCCUUCAGCACCUCGUCGCCGCGAUCCCCUACCAGCACCGGCCACGAGGUCAUCAAGUACUCUAUUGCUAGCUCUUCGGGCCCCAAGGAGAACCGCCACACCAGCUGGUUCCGCGUCACCAAGUUCAUUCCCGAGGGCAACGAGAAGCUCCGCGAUUUCUUGCUCAGCAUCCCCAAGGGCUCUACCGUCCUCGUCGAGGGUGACGUCUCCGUCAGCAACUACCAGGAUAGCGAGGGCAAGAACAGGACCUCUCUCAACAUCUUCCAGCGCUCUCUCGACAUCCUCAAGCGCCCCAACACCGAUGCCCAACAGGAGUAA